AUGUUAUCCUCUGCGCUGGUCCUUUUCUCUCUGUUUGCUGGUUCUGGUUUGUUUGGUUCUGUUUCGGGCUCUCCCGCUGUGGAGGAAGCCUACAGGGAUGUGGUCAGCAUCGUGUCUCCAGGACAGCAGUUUCUGACUGAGGAGUCCCUUCGCUCCCUCUUUAAUACACUGGAGAAACGUGUGCAGUGCGGUGAAGUGUCGUGUGAAAAGUGUGAUCUAACAGAUGCCGUUCACCAGCUGAUCAGCAAUCACUCCAUCCACGGAGAGGGCAACACCGCAGAAGGCAGAGGAAAUGUAACCAUCACUGUAUCUCAGUUCACUGACUUUGCUGCCGGCUGCGUCCUGUACCUAGCUUCUCCUGGCCUGGUCUGCGCCGCGGUAAGGCAGGGGAGGUGGGGAGAGGAGACCGAACAUUUCCUGCACAAAAUCACACAUCAGGACCACCACGAACACCAGCAUGAGAAGAGCGGGGCACGCCACGACCACGACCAUGAACACCUCGACGUUCAUGGAUUAGAGGCUCUGCUUCAAGAGCUUCACGACCACUACGAGCCAUCACACAGUGAGAGCUGUGUAGCAGCCAGUGACAUCAUGACAGAGGUCAACGCAUCAUCACCAGACCAGAGGCAGGAAGUGGGUGCAGCUUUGGGCCGCGUCCUGUAUCACGCUCUGAAAGGGCACUGCUUCAUCACCCAGUCCCUGCCUGAGGAGAGCUUCUUCCUGGACUUCAUCAUGGAGCGUCUGGGGUCAGAGAACUUUACUGUCGGGGAUCUGGAGGCUCUGAUGCGGAGUCUGAACGUAGGGCCUGCGCAUGAACAUGAGCACCACCACCAGGAGGACGAACACACCGAUCACGAUCACAGCGGCGCAAGACGGCAGAAGAGGAGCAGCCAUGAACAUCAUGUGGGGCACGGAGGAAACACCAGCUGGGAUCAGGUAUAUAUGCCAACACAGAGUGCAGAAGACGUGAUCUGUUCACACCUGACUUCAGACAGGUGCAUAGGAGAAUAA